CCACCUUCAACUGCAAUGUAUUCUUACGUCGACCAUUAGGCAACGCAUUUAGGGUCUAUCAGUAUGGGCCGGCAAGCCUACCUGGCCAAGAUCGCAUUUGGACGGUCUGCUUUCGAGCCCACCGGAGAGGUCACAGAGUCGGAUGAGUACAUACAGCUUGCCGCCUCUCAGUCUGAUGAGCCUCUGCCGGAGCGUUAUCGCGAAGCCAAAGCCAACAAUUACAUCCAACUGUACGACGAACGCGGCAACCCAAUCAAUCCACGCGCCCAUGCAUACAGCAAGAGACUGAGAGACGCGCAAAAUGAUGUCCUCGCGAGUGUAGGUGUAGUUGAGAGGCGCAGAUCGCCAGCAGAAGGCCUCCCUGGCUCAUAUGAAGAACGCCUUGACGAACUUGAGUCCGAAGAGACAGUGGGCAACGCGCUUGCUCUUGCUUCCACUGUGGUAGAGAACCUCUGCACUUGGUGGAUCGGCAGUAUCAGAGACCGGCUUCUCACCUUUCGCAUCCCAGAUGCACUCCCGUUCCUUCAGGUUGUGGCUUCUGAGCGCACAGCUUCUGGCAGCUCGAUUGCAUACACCGGCUUCACUUCCCGACUUGUCUCUACGAUUGGAAUCCAGGCAUGUGUCUAUGGUGCAUACGCCUAUCGGCCCAUCGAUCGCUUGAUGCAGCUCACACAUGCAAGCUCCAAGACACGUCACUUCGUGCGUCGCUCCAGAAGCGUAUUGACGUUGGGAUUCCGACUGGGCCUUGAGGUCCUCUUUUAUCCUCUCUCUUAUCACGCCAAUCUGCAACGACUGGGACUUCUCCCAGCACGACCGUUGCUGCCGUUCUGGAAAGCCUUCAUUCCAUUUUCGCCUUGGUCGCCUCUCACGCCACUGUCCGUCCACCAUGAUGCCGCAUCUGGCUCGGUGGUAGAUGUCGUAAAAGCCGUUCUUACUUCACCUAUGGUCAUUAUCAUUGCGGAGCAUUUUUAUGAACGUUUGAUCUACUCAGCGGUAUUCGAAGCCGUGGAGAGUUUCAUCAUUCGGCCAGACAAUGCGGACAUCGAAAGUCCAGACGCUAUCAGCAAAGACCGCGCCACAUCCAUCCUGGGACUACAGCGACGGUCGCCCCCUCUGAUUAGAGAUGCUAUCAACAAGCUGCUCGUGGUGCUUGGCUGGGCUGAGCCAGCCGUCCUCGACGAGGCCGAACGGAAACCUUCGCUCGAUUUUGGGAUAAGUGCAGGGCAAAGUGUAGAGGUCGCUGGUACCCAAAUUACAGACUUGUUACCUGUAGAUAUUCCAGUCUCACGCACAAACCGACCUACCACAGAUGGAGCCAACGACGAUACUCUAAUGGACACAAUACCCGCCGACAUUGCAGAACGAUUGGUGCGUCCUACUACACCACCAACACCACCGGCUUCUGACAAUGGUGACAACGACCCGAGGAUCAGAAUCACCUCGCGCGAAGGCAUUGUCGAAAUGGAAGUACGGUUGCCUCCACGAGUCAUUUAUUCUCACACGGAAGUCCUGGACGAUCAGCGUAGGUCAUCAAGUCGCAACAGAGUCACGUCACAGAGGAACGAUGGUCUUGCAACGCGUCCGCAUCACCGCGUGACCCAACUCUCUACUGAGCCAUCACAGAUGAUUGGCGCUAUCGUCAAGGCACAGCUUGUCGGGAUUACAGUGCUACCUUUCAAGCUUGUCGUCCUUCGGUUAGUUGCAUCUCACUACUUGGCGAGUCAAGAUCACGGCGGGACUAUCCCACGCUUUGUCGAAUCGUUCCCGAACCCGAGUGACAUGUCUCUGCGAUCCCUUGGCAUUGGCAUAUCCCGGGUCGCGCUUUGCGCUGCCUUUGAACUAGCCAUUGACCUGAGCCUCUGGAGUGCACAGUACCUGGCCGUCACCACUGCUGGCAAGAGUAUAUUUGGAUGGGGUGCGCUCUAGGAUAAUGAACCUUGGCCAUUCCUGUAUCACAUACGCUUCCGCCGAGAUGCUAUACGUCGAUACAAUUCGGACUCGAGGUACGUACUGCCGUAAAAUUUUCGGACGGCUCACUAGGAUGUCUCACCAAAGAGCUGAGCUCGACAAAGCGGCAAGAGUUGACGGGACAUUUUCCGGAACUCUUGCGGCGGCUGCUGCUUAGCCAUCGGACGAGGCUCCGAUGAUGUUGGUGCUCUCGGAUGGCGCCGUGCAUACCGAGCAUUAGUGGCUGAUGCUUGAGGCUGCUUUAGCACGGUUGUUGACCUACGACGCGGCCGUACCUAUGCGCAUGCAAGACGGUCCAGCACGACACAGAGGCAGGCGUGGACACUGCGUGGGAGCACAGCAAUGGAGAGGCU